UUUUUGUUCACCCUCCAAAGCACAUUCUCAGCUUUCUAGCUAACACAUUCUCAGCACCUCUUCAUGCACAACCGGCAUACCACCAACCUAGAAAGGGGAAAAAAGUGUGGCAACAUAGGCGUGAAUUACUAACAUGGCUAUAAAUAGCAAGCAAAGUGAGAUUUAAUUCCAUUCAGUACACACAAAUAGUAGACAUUCAACCAAAACCUCAUUAUUUUCCCCUAAUGGCUCUCUGGUUUGUGCUGCUUAUUACACUCUUUACAGUUAGUAAAUGUCAGUCCACAACUUCAUUCAACCAAACCGACCUGCAGGCAGCCAUGGCUGACAUGAGAAGUCGCUCUUACUAUGGUUUUGUUAUCCUCCUCAAAAUCCUCAACAGCCAGCCCAACUCACUGCAAAACAAUGAUCUGACAUUCCUAAUGCCAAAUGAUGAAGAACUAUCUCAGUUCUCAAUAACUCCAGAUCAGCUCCAUGAUUUCGUACUCAGCCAUUCUAUUCCAACACCACUAGUGCUCAAUCAUCUAUUACAUUUUCCAAAUGGCUCUGUGGUUCCCUCUAGCAUUCCAAGCAGGGUUAUCAGCAUCACCAACACCGGGAGAUCAGGCUUGUUUGUCAACAACGCAAGGAUUGUCACACCAAAUGUGUGCCAAAGUUCUUUAAUAAGGUGCCAUGGAAUCAGUGCUGCUAUGACAUUUGACAACAUUGUUCCUUUUCACCGAGGUCCAGAACCUAAGGGUCCCCCAAAGAAUAGCAAUGUGCCAAACCCAGCUCCAUCUGUUAAAAAGAUGAGUAUCCCACCUUUCCAGUAAGGCAAGAAAAAUACUUGCCCUUCUGCUGUAAUGUCAUACCGUUUUAUCAAUAUAAUAAAACAUCACUUUUUCUGUCUCCACAUUCGAUCUAUUUGGCCUCUAGCCCUGAUC